AUGACAGAUAUAAACACACUUCGAGAACGCAGAAAAGAAAUAUCUGCAGACAUCCUCUCUGAUGAACCUCUCACCAAAACGAACACAAACAUAACCUCUCCCUCUUCUACUUCAUCUGCGGAAAAGAAAACAAAGAAAUCUCUUAAUAAAUUAGCAGCAGAUGAAGAUGCAGCUCCUUUUUCAUUAGUAGAUUUAUUAAGAUCAAUUGUUUUUAUAUUCAUAGCUAGUUGUGGGUUGAGUUAUGUGGUUACGAGGAAUAGUUAUUUUUGGGGCAUGAAGAGACCUAUGUGGACUAGGGGGGAGGUUUUAAGAGCCUUAUUGAAUGGACCCCCCUCCCUAACCGACGCCGACCUCGUUCAAUACGACGGCACAAACCCCUCACUUCCCAUCUAUCUCGCUCUCAAUGGCACUAUCUACGAUGUUUCCGCUGGACGUAGACAUUAUGGACCAGGAGGUAGUUAUCAAUUUUUCGCAGGAGUAGAUGCCAGUCGAGCAUUUGUUACGAAUUGUUUUCAAGAGGAUCGUACGCCGGAUAUGCGGGGGGUGGAGGAAAUGUUCCUUCCGCUUGAUGAUGAGGAGGUUGAUAGCGAGAUUGUGAGGAAGAUUGGGAAGGGGGAGUUUAAGAAGUUGAGGGAGAGGGAAUUGAGGGAUGCGAGGAAGAGUGUUGCGGAGGCGUUGGGUCAUUGGGUUGGGUUCUUUGAAAAUAGUGGGAAAUAUCCAAAGAUUGGACGCGUACAGAGGGAAAAGGGAUGGGAGACUAAAGGGGAAAAACCAAAGUUGUGUGAGAGGGCUCAGAAAGGGAGGAAGAAGAGAACGAUUCCUGAGUAG